UGCAAUUAUCGUAAUUCCUGUUCAGUGGACGUACGCAGCGAGAUUUUCGAGGAGGACCCGUGUCCCGGAACCGGAAAGUACAUCGAGGCGCAGUACUAUUGCCUAGGUUGGUGGCCACACUUUUCUUUUCGACCGAUGAAGAAACAUUUCUUCGGUCGACGACGAGCUCGCGACUUCCUCCAAGAUUCGACGCGAAAUUCAACACAUACGAGAGUUGAAAAUUAACAAAGGGUUGUUAUUCAGUUAAUCUGAAAAAUUAUCUGAAACAUCUUGGAGAAAGUCAUGGGCCUCGGGAGGCGUAAAAAAGGGACGAAAGGUGGGAAUUUCUCGUCGAAAAAGUCUCUCCAUUCGCGUAUCCCCUCCACUCGAGCAUCGACGACGGUAAGAGAAAAGGGACAGGAUCCAUGGUUCAGUACACUUUGGUAAGGGUGUACGUCUGUCAUGUUAACCGACCAAUCGCAACCCAGGUGCAACGACCAGCAGAACUGCAGCAUUGUUGCAUCGACGCUGCAAUUCGGCGAUCCCUGUCCCAACACGCACAAGUACCUCGAGGCGCAUUAUCGUUGCCUGUCCGCGGCAACAACCACGACAACGUCCCGUCCGAGUCCUCCGUGGAUCAUGGCUUCUCAGCCGAAUGUUUGGAGCACGGCUAAGCCUCUCAGGCCUCCCUCGAGGAUUACGACACCCCCGGCUCAACAGCCGCCGCAGCCGCCAGCAUCGUCCAGCCCGGCGCUCCCAAUAACCACCACGCCAAGCCCCACGUCAACGAGGUCGCCGGUCGAUACGGAAGUCCUUGAAGUGGAUCAAGACUUAAUAUCUCCUGCAAAUGUUCCGUCUGCGAAUGGACCAGCGGUGCCCCCGAUCGUUCCUGAAACCACUCAGGCCACAACCACGUCGACCUUCGCUCCUUGGAGAACAAGUCGAAGGACCACUGUGCCGAGCACGCUUUACCCGGAGUCCAGCUCGAAUGGCCAAUGGUACGACUACGGUAGACAAGUGUGUCCCUCGGUGAUAGCCAGGAACCUGUCGUGGAACACGACCAGAGCCGGCGACGUGGCCGUUCAGAGUUGUCCAGGCGGUGCGAACGGUUUGGCGCGCUGGAGAUGCCUGGCCAGAGGGGACACGGCCUUCUGGCAUCGAGACAGUCCAGAUCUAAGCGAGUGCCGCUCCGUUUGGCUGACCACGCUCGAGAACAGGGUAACGGAAGGAGACGUGAUCCUCGGGAUCAGCCGGGAGUUAUCGCAGGUGACGAACAACAGCAGAGGCCUCUACGGUGGCGACAUGAUGAUCACGACCAAGAUCAUCAAGAACAUGGCGGAGAAGAUGGCGCAGGAUAUAAGGACGUACCAGGACGCGAAUCAGAGGGAGGUGAGCGUAACCGAGCUGCUGCAAGGUGUCGUGAGGACGGGCAGCAAUCUACUGGACAAGGCGCAAAUGGCAUCCUGGAAGGAUCUUAGCCAUCAGGAGCAGAUGAGAGUCGCGACCUCCUUAUUGAUCGGGCUCGAGGAGAACGCGUUUCUGUUGGCCGACACGCUGAUGCACGAGAAAACGAUCACUCACGAGGGAAGGAACAUACUGAUGGAGGUGCGCGUACUGGAUGCCCGGAAUAUCGGCGAUGAUCUAGAGGUGUUCCCAACGGAGGCAGCUCAACAGAGGUGGACAGCAUCGAACGAUCGUGUCGAGUUAACCAGAGGAGCUUUGCUGGAGAACAGCGAGGGUGGCAUUGUCCGUUUGGUUUUCAUGGCCUUUGACAGGCUCGAGGAGAUCUUGCAGCCGCAAGCCGAGGUAUCAUCGCUAGUCAUGAACGACGAUCCACAGCCACUGCCGAAAAGGAACACGACCAGACUCCUAAAUAGCAAAGUGAUCUCCGCGUCUUUGGGCAAAGGAAGACACAUACAACUCAGCGAACCUGUCAGAGUCUAUUUCAAGCAUUUAUCCAUUGAGAACGUCACCAAUCCGACUUGUGUGUUCUGGGAUUACAUCUUGAGUGCUUGGUCGGAGGAGGGUUGCGAGAUACGAAAAACCAACGAAACUCACACAGUUUGCGAGUGCAAUCAUCUUACAAAUUUCGCCGUUCUGAUGGACGUGCACGCCGUCCGACUAAAUAUCGCUCACCAAGUCGCGUUGCAGAUCAUCACAUAUAUCGGCUGCAUCAUUUCCGUAGUUUGCCUGGUUCUAGCAAUUCUGACCUUCCAAUUGUUUCGCGGACUAAAGUCGGAUAGAACAACCAUCCACAAGAAUCUCUGUGUGUGCUUGCUGAUCGCGGAAAUUUUAUUCGUUUGCGGAAUCGGACAAACGAACCAGAGAAUUGUCUGCGGUAUCGUCGCUGGAUUGUUGCACUUCUUUUUUCUUUGUGCAUUCGCCUGGAUGUUCCUCGAAGGAUUUCAAUUAUACGUCAUGCUGAUCGAGGUGUUCGAAGCGGAAAAGUCAAGGCUACGCUGGUAUUACCUGGUCGCUUAUGGUGCGCCGUUGUUGGUCGUUGCGAUUUCUUGUAUAAUCGAUCCUCUCAGUUACGGUACCGAUCGAUAUUGCUGGCUACGCGCGGACAACUACUUCAUCUUCAGCUUCGUUGGACCAGUGAUACUUGUUAUACUGGCAAACCUGGUAUUCCUGUCGAUGGCGAUUUAUAUGAUGUGCCGACACGCAAACACUACCGUAGCGAUGAAGAGUAAGGAGCACUCUCGAUUGGCCAGCGCAAGGGCAUGGCUGAGAGGGGCGAUCGUCCUGGUCUUUCUACUGGGACUCACAUGGACCUUCGGGCUUCUCUACUUGAACCAAGAAUCAGUCGUCAUGGCGUACAUCUUCACCAUAUUGAAUAGUCUGCAGGGGCUGUUUAUCUUUGUGUUCCAUUGCGUUCAGAACGAGAAGGUGAGGAAGGAAUACAGGAAGUUCGUGCGCCGCCACUCCUGGCUGCCCAAGUGCCUGAGGUGCUCGAAGACGGUAGCCGGAAGCUCCGGCGGCUCUUCCGGUACCAGCGGCGGCGCCGGUGGUGCUAAUGGAGGCAAGGACUUCGCCUCUCACAACACCUCGUCGAAUCCGUCGGCGCCGACGACCGACAGCUCCGGAUUGUCGCCGCACGCCGCCUCCAAUGUGGGUACAACAACGACCACGUCACCGCCCAACAAUCACAACAACCUGACCGCCGCCUGUAACAAUACGAAUCUUUCGAUAAACGUGAACCUGAACAAUUUGUCGCUGAGGUCGCCGAACAUUUCUUUUAAAUCGUAUUCCCGUGAUUCCGGCCAUGGUGGCUCCGAGCAAGAGGACUCGCCUAGGACGCACAACACACUGACCCUGGGACACUCCGGACGAAAUCGCGGCGCGACGAGAGGAAUGAACGAGAGCAACGAGAUCAGCGGCAACAGGACCACGGGGGGCUGCGGCGGUGGCCGAAGGAUCGCGAUGCCGUACAAGCAUAAAUACACGGAGAUCAUGGACGGUCGUGCCAACGGACCGGGACAUCAUCAGCUGCAUGCCCAUCACGGUCAACACGUGCACCUUCCGCGGGAUCUAACGAACGAGGACGAACCAGUUUACGAAGAGAUCGAGCGUGGUGGCGGUGGCGGUGGCGGAGGCGGAGGCGGUGGAGGCGGCGAAAUCCAAGUGUCGGACAUGUCUGACGAGGACGGCAGAAGACAGAGCGACAUGAGCAGACAAUCGUCGAGAAGUUACGGAGAUCACAGACCGCUGAUACCAUACUCGCCAGCCACCGACAGAAAUCUGGUGCAUUACGGGCAAACGUUAACGGACCGCGGCGGCGGCGGCGGCGGUGGCGGUGGCGGUGGCGAAUACAGUCCAGCGUUCGAGAGGACCCUCAACACUUGCUGGGAGAAAUUACGAAAGCAGCAAGCAUGGUACGAGCGUGGCGAAUUGCCACGACUUCCGGCCAGUUUCGGUAUACCGCCUCAGCCGGAUCAGUCGAGAACAGUCGCGGUUCUAGACGGGCACACGGUCGUCUGUCAUCUGCAGCCGCAGACGGACAUGUACACAGGCCGCGGAAUGCCACCGCCUUCUUACAGCGAGUGU